AUGGUCACUACGUCUCGGUACGAGUUUGAUCCUUCCAAGGAUCUCUUGGAUAUGAAGGGAAAAGUUGUCAUUGUCACUGGUGGGAAUGGCGGGAUAGGACUGGAGACCGUCAGACUUCUCGCUCGUUCUGGAGCGAAGGUCUACCUCGCUGCCAGGGAUCAAGGACGUGCAGAGGCGUGUAUUGAACGGUUGAAACGCGAAGGAUCUGAGCCAGGGGGUGGGGAGGUGACCUGGUUAAAAUUGGACUUGAGUGACCCUAGGGACGCGAAGAAGUGUGCCCAGGAUUUCCUCGCAAAGGAGAGCCGGUUGGAUGUAUUGGUGAACAAUGCUGGGAUGCUUUCGGCACCUCAUACAAUUGGCCCCGACGGAGUGUCCACUCUGGCUACAGUGAACUAUUUGGGCCCUUACGUCUUUACACGGACUCUGCUGCCUCUCUUACAGCUGACGGCGAAAGAAUCCAACUCAGAUGUCCGGAUAGUCAACGUGUCGUCCAUGACCCACAAGAACGUCCCAGCCUCCGUCAAAUUCGACGAUAUCAACGACUUCAACACCAAGUUUGGUGGACUGAUGCCCGGCCUCAUGCGUUAUGCUCACGGCAAACUCAUGCUCACUAUUUGGACUAAGACAUUGCAGAAGAAGCUAAAUGAGGAAACGUCAGCACCUAUCACAGUCAUGGUUGUUCAUCCAGGUGCCGUCGACACCUUCUCGCACAAACUUCCUCUCGCGUUCCUUUUCAAGUUCUUGAUCGGCUUCUUCAUGGCACCGCCAGAAAUUGGCGCCUACACUCCUGCUUUUGCAGCUGCUGGGAAGCGCGUUGCAGAGAACAGGGUCACAUAUCAGGGCGUGUAUCUUGAAAAUGUGCCCACUGGGCAGAUCACCGAGCCUCAUAAGGCGGUACUUGACGAGGAGAUCGGGGAAACACUCUGGAAGACGACAGAAUCUUUCUUGGAGCGUAUUGGCGUGUAG